AUGAACCCACGGCUGCUUCCGCGUCAUGUGAAAGUUUCUGAGUCGGACCGUCCAUCGCAAACCAGCAGAAACAUUCCACGAUGAGGGCGAUUCCAGAGGAGAUCAUCACACUCAUUUCAGAUCUUGAAACUUUCCUCAGUGAUGGGUUAAAAGGGGAAAAUCUGAGCAAGAGGGCAAAAGAGAAAAGGGAAGCCUUCAUUAAACGGCUCAAGGAGGUCAAACUGGGUUUCCCACAGGAUUUCAAGGAUAAAAGUGAGGAAGACUCGGAUGAUGAGGAAGAGGUCGACAGCAACAAUGACGGAGGGUCGCUGCAGUCAGAGCGCACAGACAAGGAUGAUGAGGCUUGUGAAGGAACCCAACAGUCCCCACCUGUGGCUGCUCUGGAUCUGCCAUCUGUCUUUAAGGCAGGAUAUCUUGAGAAACGCAGAAAAGAUCACAGCUUCUUUGGCACUGAGUGGCAGAAACGAUGGUGCGCACUAAGCCAUCAAACCUUCUACUAUUACGGCAGCGAGAAAGACAAGCAGCAGAAGGGCGAGUUUAGUAUCGAAGGCUACUCUGUCAAAAUGAACAACACUUUACGAAAAGACUCCAAGAAAGACUGCUGUUUUGAGAUUUCAGCUCCAGACAAGCGAGUCUAUCAGUUUUGUGCGUCAUCAGUAAAAGAGGCGGAGGAGUGGGUGAAACAGAUAGACUUUGUCCUGAGAGAUAUGACAGGCAUCAUCCCAGAAGAAGACGAUGAGGACCAGGAAAUGUAUGAUGAUGUUGGAGCUGUACAAGAUAAUGGAGACCCCGAACCAAUCGAUGAUGACAUCUAUGAGGAGCUUCCAGAGGAUGACAUUCAAACUCAAGCAAAGCCUCCUCCAAAAGUGGACCUAUCCAGCAAACCAGCUCCUCCUGUUGCAGUCCAUUCAGUUGAUAAGAGCACAGACUACCAGAACUACUACCAGGGCUUAUGGGAUUGUAUCGGAGACCGCCCAGAUGAGCUGUCCUUCAAACGUGGAGAUGCCAUAUACAUCCUGAGCAAGGACUAUCAGAACUUUGGCUGGUGGGUUGGGGAGAAGAAUGGAGCCAUAGGUAUCGUCCCCAAAGACUACCUGAUAGAGCUGUAUGCACUAUAAAUAACAAAAAUUCACCCAGUGAACAUUCCCUCACAUAUGCAUGGGAAAAGGGCCGAGAAGACUGAGAUUAAAAGAUGACCACGUGAACAGAUGUAUUUUUUAAACUCUGCGCUGUUUGUUUGUAUUUAUUUCAACUUAUCUAAGAUUAUUUUUUCCAUAACAUUUCAUGCUCUGCUUUUGGUAAAUGCACAUAAAUAAAGAUUUGAACCUAUUAUCC